ACCUUACUUCGAAACUGACUUUGUGCUUGUCAGAUUCAGCAAAGUUACCGCACAACGCAGGCUGCUACCAAAUCUGAACACUUUCAAAAUGACAGCUUUAGCGAGAUUGAAAUUAGAUGUUAUCCCCGCUUCACGCUCACAUUUAUCGAGCAUAAUUUUUCUUCAUGGUUCUGGAGACACAUCAGAAGGAUUGCAGGAAUGGCUGUUCAGUAUACUUGGGAGAAAAUUCUGCCUACCACAUUCAAAAGUCAUCUUCCCUUCUGCUCCCCUGAGACCUUACACUCCGAUGAAUGGGGCUCCUAGCACUGUAUGGUUUGAUCGUAAACAGAUAUCACAGAAUGCACCUGAAGACCUAGAAAGCGUUGAUCCUAUGUGUGAAGAGAUUAGCAAGGUUAUCCAGCAAGAAGUGGACCAGGGAAUCCCAAGGAAUAAAAUCAUUGUGGGUGGAUUUUCGAUGGGUGGCUGCUUGGCCUUGCAUGUGGCAUAUAGAUUCCAAAGGGAGCUAGGAGGAGUGUUUGCGCUAUCAGCUUUCCUCAAUAACAACUCCAAAGUUUAUCAGGAUCUUGCAUCACCCGAUUCCCGAAGGCCUCCCCUGUUCCAGUGCCAUGGGCAGGUUGAUCCAUUGGUCCUCUAUGAGUGGGGCGAGACUACAAAGGACCAGUUGACCAGGGCUGGAGUCACCUGCCAGUUCCAGAGAUAUCCCAGACUCUACCAUGAGAUGAAUAAAGAUGAGCUGGAUAAACUCCAAGCAUGGAUUGAGCAGACAUUGGAAUCAUCAUGAUAGCAGAUUAAAUCAGAUUUAAUUCUUAUUUUAGAGUGAAUGUAUUAGUAUCUUUUUAGUAGAAGAAUAUCAUAGAGGCAUUUUUGACAAGAAUAUCAACAGUUAUCAUGAUCAAUAAACUUGGACUUUCGUGAUCUGAUUUAUUUAUCAUUCAUAGCAUUUUGGGUGGUCCCUAAAUAGUAAGAUGAUCCAAAAGUGUCAGCGGAGAAUGUUUAUUCAGGCUUUUUUACUUCUUCAAAUCAAUUCUCCCCCUUAAGACGCUAUGCACAUCCCCGGUAUGAAGACUUUUUUUACAAAAGUGAUGGUAAAAUCACUUGGAUAAUUUUGAAAAAAUUGAGUUAAUCGAUCUGAUUCAGAAUCAUACUACCCCGAGAGAGCAGAUUACCUGAAAAUCUUGUUGCGCUUUUGCCUCAUUGCUCUCCAAAAUUUGAGUAUGAGAAUUUGCAUUUUGAUCAGUAAAUGAUCGAAAUAUAUCAUUAACAAUUAAUUGUUUUCAUAUUAAAUUAGUGCUCCAAUAUUUCUAGUUGAAGGCCUUUGCCUGUAUUAUACUACAAGUUGUCAAUAAUGAGCAACGAUCUUGACAUCCUACUUUAGAUGCCUGCUUUCAAGUGAUUAUAUUUAUUUGCAUUCACUAUUUAUAUAGCUCAAAUCUCGGACAAGUUUGACACCUUAACACUUCAUGCAAUAUUUCUCUGGCUCAUGAAAAUUUAUAACUACAGUGUAUAUAUAUUAUUGUAUUUUUGCUGAGUGAAUGUGAUACUAUGAAAUUUGAUGGCAGGUUUUUAUGUAUUUCUGUGAUGAAGUCAUAGGAAAGGUUGUAAGAGAAAUUAGUGUAUUAGAGAUCACAAAUAAAUUUAGAAACAAUAAUUUUACAAAUA